AUGCCAAACGUCCUCAUCCUCGGCGGCUCAGGCUACAUCGGCCUCGCCACAGGCCAAUCCCUCGUGUCCUCAGGCAACUACAGAGUCUGGGGCACAGCGCGCACCCCCCAAAAAGCCACCCUCCUGCUAGAGAACGAAAUCACCCCAAUCCCCGCAGAAACAGACAUCACAGACCCAGCCUCGCUUACCUCAGCAAUCCUCGACAAUCUCAUCGACAUCGUCGUCGACGCCACCUCAACCCACCAACAAGGCGGCAAAGUCCUAGAAGGCUUGAAAAACGCCGCAGUGAAGCGCGCCGCCGAGCUUGCCAAAGAGGGUAUCGUCGCUCCGAAGCUCGGCUUUGUAUACACCUCUGGGAUAUGGGUUCAUGGGUCUACGAGCGAGCUAGUUAGUGAUCUUUCUCCUGUUGGGAGUGCCUUGUCAACGGGGAAACCACCAAGGAUUGUUUCGUGGCGCGCGGGCCAGGAACAGGCUAUUCUUGCUUCGAGGGAUGUGCUCGAGGUUGCGAUUAUACGGCCUGGACUUAUUUACGGAAGGGGAUCGUGGAUCUGGACGCCUUGGUGGGAGCCGAUUCUUAAAGCGAAGCGAGGUGGCAGCAGCGAAGUAAUCCAGAUUCCGGCUGAUACCGCGGCUCGUCCGUCGUGUGUGCAUAUUACCGAUACCGCGGCUGGGCUUCAUGCAGCUAUUGACCGUAUCCAUGGGAAUCUAGGGACAUGGCCUGUCUUUGAUCUGGUUACGGAGACAGUCGGGGUGCGGGAUAUCGUUGAGGCAGCGAAAUCUAGCUUGGGGGUUACGGCUGAGGUGGAGUAUACCGGGACCAGGGGGGAUGUCAUGCUUGAGGCGAUGAGUACGGCGGGGAACUCUGAGGGAGGGAGGGCGAGGGCGGUGCUGGGCUGGUAUCCGAAGCGGACGGAGUUUGUUUUGAAUAUGGCUGUGUAUAUUCGUGCUUGGGAGGUUGUACAGGGGUAG